GGAGCUGAGGAGGGCACAGCCGCGCGGCCGAGGGCAGAGUGAGCCGAGCCGAGCCACGAGAGCGGACCGGCGCCGGGCAGCCCGAGCAGCGAGCAGCGAGCAGCGCGCAGCGAGCGCCCGCCGCCGCCCACGCCCUCCGCGGCCCCGGCGGCGCCUGCCACCUUCCCCUCCUUCCCCGCGCCCCUGUCCCGCUGCCGGCCGGCGCGCCCCGUCCGCCGCCCCGCGCAGCCCGGAACCCACCGGCCAGUGCCUCCGCUCCCGUGGGCCGUAGACCGCUUCCACGCCCUCCUCCUCCUCCUCCCCCGGCUGGGCGCCUGGCACCGGGGACCGUUGCCUGACGCGCGAGGCCCAGCUCCACUUUUCGCCCCGCGUCUCCUCCUCCCGCUGCUCUCCCAACUCCUAACCCAGCUCCCUCGCCCUCUCGCUCCGCUCCGCCCGCGAGCCCCCGGCCCCGCGUCCCUCGGCCCGCGCCCGCCACUCCCCCGGUCCCAGAGGUGGGAGCGCGUCGGCCCCGGCCCGCACCAUGGCCCGGUUCGGCUUGCCCGCGCUUCUCUGCACCCUGGCCGUGCUCUGCGCCGCUCUGCUGGCUGCCGAACCCAAGUCGAAAAGUUGUUCGGAAGUGCGACGGCUCUACGUGUCCAAAGGCUUCAACAAGAACGAUGCCCCCACGCACGAGAUCAACGGUGAUCAUUUGAAGAUCUGUCCCCAGGGCUAUACCUGCUGCUCUCAGGAGAUGGAGGAGAAAUAUAGCCUGCAAAGUAAAGAUGAUUUCAAAAGUGUGGUCAGCGAACAGUGCAAUCACUUGCAGGCCAUCUUUGCUUCCCGUUAUAAGAAGUUUGACGAAUUCUUCAAAGAACUACUGGAAAAUGCAGAGAAAUCCCUGAAUGACAUGUUUGUGAAGACUUAUGGCCGCUUAUACAUGCAAAAUUCUGAGCUAUUUAAAGAUCUCUUUGGAGAGCUGAAGCGCUACUACGUGGCAGGAAGCGUGAACCUGGAAGAAAUGCUAAGUGACUUCUGGGCUCGCCUUCUGGAGCGGAUGUUCCGCCUGGUGAACUCCCAGUACCACUUCACGGAUGAGUAUCUGGAAUGCGUGAGCAAGUACACCGAGCAGCUGAAGCCCUUCGGAGACGUCCCUCGGAAACUGAAGCUGCAGGUUACACGUGCAUUUGUAGCUGCCCGUACUUUUGCUCAAGGCUUAGCGGUCGCAAGAGAUGUAGUGAGCAAAGUCUCUGUGGUCAGUCCCACAGCGCAGUGUGCCGAGGCCUUGCUGAAGAUGCUUUACUGCUCCCACUGCCAGGGGCUCGUGAGUGUGAAGCCGUGUUACAACUACUGCUCGAACAUCAUGAGAGGCUGUCUGGCCAACCAAGGGGAUCUCGAGUUUGAAUGGAACAAUUUCAUAGAUGCGAUGCUGAUGGUGGCGGAGAGGCUCGAGGGUCCUUUCAACAUCGAAUCGGUCAUGGAUCCCAUCGAUGUGAAGAUUUCCGAUGCUAUAAUGAAUAUGCAGGAGAAUAGUGUGCAAGUGUCUCAGAAGGUCUUCCAGGGAUGUGGACCCCCCAAACCCCUCCCGGCCGGCCGGAUUUCCCGAUCCAUCUCCGAGGGGGCUUUCAGUGCCCGCUUCAGACCGUAUCACCCCGAGGAACGCCCGACCACGGCAGCUGGCACGAGUUUGGACCGACUGGUUACUGAUGUCAAGGAGAAGCUGAAACAGGCCAAGAAGUUCUGGUCCUCUCUGCCCAGCAACGUGUGCAGCGAUGGGAGGAUGGCCGCCGGGAACGGGAACGAGGACGACUGCUGGGACGGGAAGGGCAAGAGCAGAUACCUGUUCGCAGUGACGGGAAACGGCUUAGCCAACCAGGGCAACAAUCCGGAGGUCCAGGUGGACACCAGCAAACCGGACAUCCUGAUCCUUCGCCAGAUCAUGGCUCUCCGGGUUAUGACCAGUAAAAUGAAGAAUGCUUACAAUGGGAACGAUGUGGACUUCUUUGACAUCAGUGAUGAGAGCAGUGGAGAGGGAAGCGGUAGCGGUUGCGAGUACCAGCAGUGCCCCUCGGAGUUGGAGCACAACGCCACUGAGCCCUCCGGGAAGAGCGCCAACGAUCAGGCCGGCAGCGCCGGUGGCCUCGUGCGGGCACGGCCCUCCCUCCUGGCUGCCUUCUGCAUCUUGCUCCUGGUCAUGCAGAGAGAGUGGAGAUAAUUCUGAAUCUUAGAAAGUUUUCUUCACAAAGUUAAAAAGGCACCGGUUAUCACUUUUAUACCAUCCUAGUGACUUUGCUUUUUAAAUGAAUGGACAACGAUGUACAGUUUUUACUAUGUGGCCACUGGUUUAAAAAAAAUGCUGACUUUGUGUUUUCAUUCAGUUUUGCGGGGGGGGGGAGGGACUUGGAUGUAUAAAGGCGGUUCCUGGCGCCCCCCCCCGCCCCCCCCCCGAAUCAUGUUAAACGUGGCUGACAGUGUAGGUACAGAACUGUAGUUAGUUGUGCAUUUGUGAUUUUAUCACUCUUGUUUGUUUUGUUUUUUUUUCUUUUUGUUUGUGGGUUUUUUUUUUUUCCCCUUCAAUUAUGAUCUUACCUUGUUUCUUACAAGAAAACCAGGGUCCUUUCUUGGCAUGUAACAUGUACGUAUUUCUGAAAUAUUAAAUAGCUGUACAGAAGCAGGUUUUAUUUAUCAUGUUAUCUUAUUAAAAGAAAAAGCCCAACAAGCAGUAAAAUUUCCAUUUAUCCCUGUUGUUUUAGUUGCCUUAUCUGGAGAGGAGCGGAUGUGAUUUUGUUUCUUCUUCUUCUUAAGUUAGGACAGAAGGUGAAGGCACAGGGAGGCUUCUGAGCCACUUGGUAGGUUGGGUUCAGGCAUCGAUACAAGAAGGCAGCUCUACUUCACUGAUAGCCAGGGACUGGAAGAGACUGCAGAUUAUACCCGUCUUGGAUGAAUUGAAUCACAGAAACUAAGGUCACAGGUCCAUUUCUCGAACCCACUUAUACUUAGAGCGGCGCCCAUUUAGAAGAAGGCAUUCAGGGUGUCUAAGUUAUCACACGUUCACACUUAGUUUGGGGGUGGGUUUUUGUCUUUUUCUGUCUUAACCAGGCAGGUUAGCUAGCCGCUGUGUGCUGGUCUUCAUGUCCACACUGACCUGCUUUGAAUUCCUAUCCCGAUGGCAGAAAUAAGUGCCCAAGAAGUUCAUUUGGUCCCCCUUGUUACAGCAUACCAGAUUUCACACCCCACCAUAUAGAAUAGAGAACUGUCUGGGGGCUAGCCAGAACCAGGGUACAGUCUGGGCUCACCACAUAGCUGUCCACACUCCUCCAGCAAAGUUUCCGCCUUUGCAUUUGGUUUUGGAUCCCAGUUUUUGUAAAACAAGAUUGCUAAAGUGUCCUACUUGAGUCGUCUUGCCCGGGGCCCCUCUGAUCAGAAAGGCAAAGGGCUUGCUGUGGUUCACAGCCAUGUGCUACCCUAUCAGCCAAGAAGUCCGCCUGGGCGGGGGGGGGGUCUGGGUGUCCAGACUUUUUUUCACGUGUUCUUGUUGUUUGGAGGGGGACGGGAGGGAGUAGAGAGCCCAGAAGGCAAUAGCUUAGCUGUGACCCUUAGCCACAAUUCCGGGGUCGGGGGUGGGGGUGGGCACGGGGAUCUGGCAAAGGCCAUAACUGUUGUCCCAGGCCAAAGACAACUGCCUUGGCCCCUUAGGACCCCGUUCCUUGUAUCCUUACCAAAUGACAGCUUCCAAAACCAUGAGAAGGUAACAGCUCCCUUUAAAAAGGAGUUCCCAAAAAGUCUUCAAAAAGAGAAAACCCCGCAAGUCUCUUCCUGCUUUAGACAGCCAUUAAGAUCUCCGAUUCCACAGAAGCUAACACCCACAGAGAGGUGGUUUGUGUUCCUGUUCAAUCUUCGGUUGUAAGACUAAUUCUCUAUUUUUAUAUUGAAACGUAAUUACUUGAUAGCUCAGGGUCUACAUUUCAUUCAACUUUUUUCACACCAAAUUCUGCGAGAAUGGUCAACAUGGAAUAUUGGGGGCUGUUGUAAACAGAGGCUUAAUAUUAUUAGAAGUAGCCAGUUAUUUAUUAAAGCAUGAUGUUAAUAAAAUAGGCAUAUUCUGGCUGGUGUGUAUAAGUGUUUCUUUUUUUUUUUUUUUAAACGAAUCACAGAAGACCUAAAGUUGAAAAGGUGCUCCAUUUAUGUAUGAGGAAAAAUGGAUUGUAAAUAGCUAAGCUGCCUUGUGAGAACUUGGAAAAUGUGCUGAUACUUAGUAACUACCUCAGUUGUGAGGAAUUUCCUUUUUAGCUUAGACUGCUAUUACUUUGACUUGGUAGAAAUGAAUCUGGUCUCCAAAAUGUGGCUCAAAGAGUUAUCCCCGUAGACCUUGUGAGAUUGUUUUUAAUUUAAAACCUUGAACUCUGCCCAGCUGUUUUCUUUCAGUCAGCUUCUCUACACCAAUAACAUUUUCCGAAUUAAAUAUUCUUGAAGGUUCUUCUGGACUCUCACUGAUUUGUUUUCUUUCUUUGCAUUUUUUCCUGUUACCCUUUUAUUAUUUAAAUUGUCUCUUGCUUUUGAACUUGAACUAUGAAAUAAACAAAUCAUAGAUUUUUCCAUUCA